GAUGGUUAAAUAUUUAAUAAAUUAUAUAGGAUGACAAGUAACAAUACAAAUGAAUCUAUUCCUGAAGAAGUUAAUGUGCAAGUUACAACUACAACUACAUCAAUUUCUUCAAGUCAACCAAUUGAAAGUAACAAUUCUGAAGAAGUUAAUAGGGUUGAUAAUGAUUCAAUCUUAACAAAAAAGCGGAAAAAAACAUCUGCGGUAUGGAAUCAUUUUGAAGAAAUUGUACUUGCUAAUGGUACAAAGAAAGCAGUGUGUUUGUAUUAUAAGGAAAAAUACUCUACUGGUGGAAAGGGUGGAAGCACUAGCCAUCUUAAGAGGCACUCAGAGAUUUGCUUGCAGCGCAAGUUGCAUAUCUCUCGAGAAAAUAAGCAAACAACGAUACAAUUUCACCCGCCUAGUGAAUCUGGUGGUAAUCCUUUUAUUGUUCCUAAUGCUAAAUACUCCAAUGAAAAGAUGAAAGAGAUUAUUGCUAGUGGAAUCAUGGUGCAUGAGCGACCAUUUAGCAUCGUAGAGGAUGACAUGUUCAUGUGGGCACAAGAUUGAGAAGGUUUGUAAACUUUUGGAGGUUUUUAAUGAUGUCACUCAUGUCAUCUCAGGUAGU